AUUGGAUAUUUAUUUGACAUAUAAAAGGUAGUUGAGUUUUACGUCGCACAAAAAUGGCUCCGAAAUUAUAUAUGCAUCCCGCAAGUUACCCCGUUAGGGCUGUCCUGAUGGUUGCUAAAGCAUUGGACGUUAACUUGGAUCAUGUUGAGGUGGACUUGUUGAAUAUGGAGCAGUACAAACCUGAAUUUUUAAAGAUGAAUCCUUUGCACACUGUGCCAACCUUUGUUGAUGAAGAUGAUUUCGUUGUCUAUGACAGCAAUUCUAUUGCCAUGUAUUUGGUAGACAAAUACGGAAAGGAUGACAGCUUGUAUCCUAAGGAUUUAAAAAAAAGGACUGUUAUAAACCAAAGAUUGGUUUAUAAUGUGGGCACAUUGUUUCCAAGUGCAGUAGCAAUAUCUAGAGGCGUCAUUAUGGAGGGAAUGAAAGAAAUUCCUCCCGAAUACAUUGAAAGAGUUCACACUGCUCUUGGAUAUUUGGAGACGUUUUUAACAGAUUCAGAGUUUGUUGCCAAUAAUGAACUAUCUAUAGCUGAUAUCUGUAUUUUAUCGGCAGUUACAUCGAUACAAGAAUUUUGUGAAAUAUCUGCCGAAAAAUAUCCCAACAUUACUAAAUGGAUGAAACAUUUACAAGAGUUACCAUUUUAUUCUGAAAAUGUGGCUGGCUUGGAGAUAUUUAAAAAUCUGUUUCAUAACAAAUUGGCUGGAGAAAUAUAAUUGACUAACUGCACACUUUAUACAUUAUAUUAUUAUGCAAAUUUUAUAAUUAACACAAUACACUAUAUUCAGUACAAUA